AUGGAGUGGGUUCGAGGGGAAACGAUUGGACGUGGAAGUUUUGGCACUGUCAACUUGGUGGUACCUAAAAAAGGCACUCCAAAAUCUUGUCCCGUAAUGGCUGCCAAGUCUUGUGAAACGAUCAACUCUACUUCUCUCAAGCACGAGAAGGAAGUGCUUGAUCAGCUUGGUUUUUGCCCGCAAAUCAUUCGUUGUUUUGGCGAGGAAUAUACAGCUGAGAACGGUGGGGAAUACAACCUGUUCUUGGAGUUUGCUGAUAAAGGUUGCUUGGCUGAUCAGGUUAAGAACAGCGGUGGAAACUUGAUAGAAGCCGAUGUUAGAAGAUAUGCAAGAUCGAUACUUAAAGGGCUACGCUUUGUUCAUGCCCAAGGGUUUGCUCACUGUGAUAUUAAACUUCAAAAUAUUCUUUUAUUCGGUAAUGGGGAUGUCAAGAUAGCAGAUUUUGGGUUGGCGAAGAGAAAUUGGGAAGAAGAGGGCGAAGGACCUCAUAGGAGGAUAGAAAUCAGGGGCACUCCUCUCAGUAUCGCACCAGAGUCGGUUAUGGAAAACGAGUAUGAUUCACCGGUGGAUAUCUGGGCACUUGGAUGUGCUAUUGUUGAGAUGUUUACAGGGAAACCAGCCUGGAGUUUCAAACCAGGAUCAUGCGUGGCGGCUUUGUUGAUGAAAAUUGGUGUCAGUGACGAAUUGCCUGUAGUUCCUGCGGAGUUAUCCAAAGAUGGAAAAGAUUUUCUCAGGAAGUGCUUUGUUAAGGAUCCAAACAACAGAUGGACUGCUGAAAUGCUCCUGGAUCAUCCAUUUGUGGCUGCUGAUGAUGAGAAUAUUGCAAUUAUGAAUCGAUUUGAAGAAGAAGCAUCAACAUCUCCAAAAUAUUCUUCUGAAGAAUUUACAAUGUCACCAAGAUGUCCUUUUGAUUUUCCAGACUGGGUUUCAACUCAAUCAACAGUUUCUUCUCAAUCAAGUUUCCAAGAAAACUCAAGCCCCGUUACGUUGUUUCCAAGUUAUGUUUCAUCACCUUUGGAUCGGAUUCUUCAACUGGCUAGUGAUCAGGCACCCAAUUGGUCAGUUUCCGGAAGCUGGAUCAACUCGAGGUAGAAGAAGAGAA